AUGCCGGGCUCUCCUGCCAUUGUGGCCCAAGGGUCUUGCAGUGGCCCAAGGGGGCCUCCCAGGAGUUCGAACAGUGACCCCAACUUCGUGGUGGUGGACGGCGUGCCCGUCAUGCUCCCAUCCUACGAUGAGGCUGUGAGUGGCGGCUUGAGUGCCUUAGGCCCUGGGUACCUGGCCUCCGUGGGCCAGGGCUGCCCCUUACCUGUGGAUGACCAGAGCCCGCCAGCAUACCCCGGCUCAGGGGACAUGGACACGGGUCCAGGGGAGUCAGAAACCUGUGACAGCAUCUCAGGCUCUUCCGAGCUGCUCCAGAGUCUAUAUUCACCCCCCGUGUGCCAAGAGGGCACCCACCCUGCUUCUGACAACCCUGACACAAUUGCUAGCACGGUGGGGGAGGUGGCAUCCACCAGCCCAGGCAUCGACAUUGCAGAUGAGAUCCCUCUAAUGGAAGAAGAUCCCUAACUGUGCAAAAUCCCAAUGACUCUGCUGCUCCUUUGGGGAAAAGAACCUUGUACUUUGGAGUGAGGCCACGGAAGGGCAGUAUGUGGGGCGUGGGGACCUUUUCUAACUUAUGUACGUGGGGAUAGGGUUCACAUCACCCAUCUCAGACUCUACAGUAAGGCUGACAAGCUGCAGUGGCAUGGUUUCAAAUGAAGCUUGAGAACCUGCUAAGGCCAUGGAGAGCAAGGGCAGAGGGGCCCCCCUGUGGUCCUGGGUGGAGGGGGUAAGUGUGUCUCGUGCUGCAGGACAUGGGUCAGUUGCACGCAUGUCUCACGCACUCACACAUGCCGUUGACUUGUGCUAUGAGUACUCCCUGCGCCUCUGAAAGCAUGUCACAUUGUGUAAAUUCGCUUCUAAAAUCUGCUUCAAACUGUCUCUGGACUCCAAAUUCAAAGGCCUCUUCUAGCCUCUGUGGAAAGUGAGUGUUGAGAGGCUGGCCGAGCAGCAGAGCCCCCGUGCACUUACGAGGGGUAGCCCCCAAAGGAAGGGUUCUCAGUACCAUUUCGACAGUCCUCCAUCUGGACAACGCUGCUCAAAGCAAGACUAAAGCAGGAUGUGGCCGUUCCCAUGAGGAAGGAAAGGAGACAGACUCUGCUUUCUGGAAACUUCUUCAAAAAGUAGAGCUCAUGUACCCUGUGCUAUCCUUUGGUGACGUAUCGCCAAUAUUUGUAUUCAUGGAAUGCACAUGGAUGCACGCAUUGGAUAAACCUGUGACUCUAUGAAUGGCCAGAAUAUGUUCAAAUAUAUGUCACAGUGAAGGAAAUAGCCAAGGUAGUGUUUGUUUCAGCAUCUCAAGAAGACUCUGCUCAACAGUUUGUCUGAGUCACGAGCCCUUCCAUUGACCGUUACCACUGUCCUCCCAAACUCAACCGUAUUCUACUUUCCAAAACAGAAAUUGUUUCCAUAAAUAUAUUCCACUCCAAAUACAGUAGGAGGCGGGAUUCAUUUGCUUCUUCGUUUUGUCCCGCGCCGUGGGGAGGCUGGCCUCCCAGCCCAAAGGCAGCCGUCCCCUCCCACCUGCCAUCCCUGCACUUCCACUGUGAGGGUUUCGUGGUGCCCACUGCAGGGGGUGGGGGGUUCUAAGAAAUUGAUUGAUAGAUAAUGUCCUGAGUCCUGAAGUGUCUCUUCAAAUACAUGUUGAUCUGUGGAGUUGAUUCCUUUCCUCCUCUGGGUUUUAGACAAACAUAGACAAACCUGUGAUCCACAAAAUUGCUAUGCUGAUGGAGCAGUGAGGGCUGGAAGCUUGAUCAAGUCCUGUUUUUUCUUGACACAGACUGAUUAAAAAUUAAAAAGAAAA